AUGGACUAGCCUCAAUAAUGGUACAUUCCUGCCCAUUGCCGAAAUCGCUCUUUUUCUAUCGAAGUAGCAGCCAUGAGCAUGCUCAGGCUCCAGAAGAGGCUCGCCGCCAGCGUGCUACGCUGUGGCAAGAAAAAAGUCUGGCUCGACCCCAACGAGACCAACGAGAUCGCCAAUGCCAACUCCCGUCAGCAGGUGCGCAAGCUGGUGAAGGAUGGUCUCAUUAUCCGCAAGCCCGUCACGGUCCACUCCAGGGCCCGCUGCCGCAAGAACACGCUGGCACGCCGCAAGGGCAGGCACAUGGGCGUCGGCAAGAGAAAGGGUACCGCCAAUGCCCGUAUGCCCGAGAAGCUGAUGUGGAUGCGCCGCAUGAGGAUCCUGCGUCGCCUGCUGCGCCGCUACAGGGAAUCCAAGAAGAUCGACAGGCACAUGUACCACAGCUUGUACCUGAGGGCCAAGGGUAACGUGUUCAAGAACAAGCGCAUCCUCAUGGAGCACAUUCACAAACUGAAGGCUGACAAAGCUCGCAAGAAGCUCUUGGCCGAUCAAGCUGAGGCCCGCCGUACCAAGACCAAGGAGGCCCGCAAGCGCCGAGAGGAACGUCUCCAGGCCAAGAAGGAGGAAAUCAUCAAGAACUUGUCCAAGGAGGAUGAGGGCAAAAAGUGAUCGAGGCUUUUCAUCUCCUGCCUUGUGUGUGGAUCGCUGAAAAUAAAAAUUGUACAUAAAGACA